CAAGACAAGCAUGUAACUUUAGCAUGGCCCUUGGUGUUUUCGGAAAGGAAAAUGUUCAGUCAGACAAUUUCUUAUUACCAUUCUAAUUUCAUUCAGUUAGAUAUUUAGGAAACCAUUCAUCUUUCGGACAUGAAUCCAAAAAUAUUGAAUUUUGACAAAACACUCCUCUUUACAUAUAUGAGGUCAUUGCUUUUUACGGUGCCUAUUCGGAUGUUUUGACUUUUCUUGGAGAAGAUCUAGUCAACUACAAAGUUGAAAGAAACCCAGAUGAUAAAAUUGAUGAUGAAGGAAGGGAUUCUCGAAGUCCCGGAUGAGGCUGUGGCGGAAGAUGAGUCAAAAGGAGGGCUCUAUGAUUGUGUUUGGGCUCCAAUGUGUUGGUUCAAAAUGCUUGCCGAUGAAAUGCACUGGAGUUUUGUGUAUGGAGUGGUGGUUGUCUAUGGAAUAAGCCAGGGUUUGGGUGGAUCUCUUGCCCGUGUAGGCACAGAGUACUACAUGAAGGAUGUACAGAAAGUGCAGCCUUCUGUGGCUCAGAUUUAUGGAGGAAUUACUUCAAUACCUUGGAUGGUCAAACCUCUCUGGGGGCUACUUACUGAUGUUCUUCCAAUUUUGGGAUAUCAUCGGCGGCCUUACUUUGUUUUAGCAGGAAUGCUCAGUCUCAUCUCCAUGCUAUUUUUAUCAUUGCAUAAAAAGCUUCACCUUGCAUUUGCCCUCCUGUUACUCACUGGCGGAAGUGCUGGGGCAGCAGUAGCGGAUGUAACUGUGGAUGCAUGUGUCGCACAGAACAGUAUUAGUCAUCCUUCCCUUGCUCCUGACAUGCAAAGCUUGUGCGCCUUGAGUUCCUCGAUUGGAGGGCUACUUGGAUUCUCUAUUAGUGGGAUUUUUGUUCACCAUAUCGGCCCCAAGGGGGUGUUUGGCUUGCUGACAGUCCCGGCUGGACUUCUAUUAUCAGUCGGGAUAAUGCUUAAGGAGCCUCGCACUACCAAUUUUGCUUAUGGGAAGGUAAACCAGAAGUUUCUUAACGCUGGCAAGACUAUGUGGACAACGUUGAAAUUGCCUGAUGUUUGGAGACCAUGUCUGUACAUGUAUUUAUCCCUUGCUUUGAGCUUGAAUAUCCACGAAGGAAUGUUCUAUUGGUACACGGACUCAAAGAGCGGUCCAUCUUUCUCUCAGGAGACUGUUGGCUUCAUAUUUUCUGUUGGUUCAGUUGGCUCACUAUUGGGAGCAUUACUAUACCAAAAUGUUCUGAAGGAACACCCUUUCUGGGAUUUGCUUUUCUGGACUCAGUUACUAUUUGGCUUGUCAGGAAUGCUAGAUUUGAUGUUAGUACUACGACUAAACCUCAAGCUUGGAAUACCGGAUUAUUUUUUCAUUGUGAUUGACGAAAGUGUGUCUCAAAUGAUUGGAAGACUGAAAUGGAUGCCUCUUCUUGUACUCAGUUCCAAGCUUUGCCCCUCUGGCAUUGAAGGAACCUUUUUUGCUCUUCUCAUGUCAAUCGAUAAUGUUGGGCUUUUUUCAUCAUCUUCGGGAGGUGGGUUUCUGCUUCACCUGUUGAAUGUCACUCGAACGCGGUUUGAUAAUCUAUGGCUGGCCAUUUUGAUCCGAAACAUAUUGAGAGUAACUCCUCUCGGUCUCCUGUUUCUGGUUCCGAGAAGUGAUCCGAGCUCUUCCAUUUUUCAAAGUGAAAUGUUUGGUGCAAAAGAGGUUGAUGAAGCUUCAGAAAGUGAUAAUGUUGAAUUGGUCUCUCUCGUUAAUAGCAUGGAUGCUGGUAGAUAGCAUUGACAUCAUCCAAGAUAUGCAUUUACAGGUCAAGUCCCCAAAUGGGGAAUGUGAAAAUCCAUGAUCUUGUGCCAUUGUGGGUUCUAUCUUCUUCUUGUAACUUGGAAAAAUCAGUAAGGGGAUCAUCGGAUUCUGGAAAUUUAUUGAUUCUUCUCUGGAGUUUUACUUCACUGGUUGUAUUUUGACAGUGUUCAAACAUGUAAGAGAUGCAUUUCUUUUUCUUUCUCGGCUAAAAAUAUCCCAAAGAUGUUGCCUAGAUAUUGUGCGAUUUGCAACUAAAUUGAUAUUUUUCUGUCUAAAUUUAAGCAGAGUUUUGUUUUUA